AUGUUCACUCGUUUGCGUAUCUCAGCUUCGUCAUCUAAGUGCACCUUGCGUUUACCAUCUGCUCACGGAUGUCCGCGUAGAACAUUCUUCCAGUCCUUCGUCGCAGGAAAGGAUGAAAAUUUUGAGGCAAACGACGAAGAUGACGCUCUUGGCGAGGCCAUCCUAGAGGGCCUGAACUUACCAGACGAUGCCGAAACCCCACGAACUCCUUCAUACGAAAACUGGAUAGCAGGUGCCGGUCUUAAGUACCGCGAUUCCGCGCCGCGGAAUUGGCUUGGCUCAGGAACGCCUUUCCCUCUUAACCAAUCAUUCCGUCCCCCUCCGCCUGUUUCGGAUGCUUUACGCACUCAUAUCUAUUUUUCCUACAUGGCUGAUCCCGAGGCUAAUUCAGUGCGCGUUCUGGCUGCCAGACAUCAUCUCAGCAUCAAACGUAUCGAUGCUAUUCUACGACUGAAAGGUUUAGAACAAUCGUGGAAAAAGGGUAAACCCGUACAGACAGGUUUUGUUCAAGGCAUGGAAAGUAUCCUUGGCGUGCCUCGAACCAAGGUUUUUACUACCCUUGAUGAAUCGAAGCCUGUACCCGUGCAGUACGAUACCAACCAGCAGGUGGCCAAAAUAGAUAGCGAUAGAUACGAUGCGGUCGAGGCCGAUCGAGAAGACGAAGAAGCCGGUGGCUUUGACUGGGCGCGACAAAGGUAUCAGCGGAUGUUUUGGGAGACUGUGCCUGAGGGCAAGGACCCAAUUAUGCCAGGCAUUUUGGAAGCUGCCACAAAAUCAGCCACUGCCACUUCUGAGAACAGGACAAAGACAACUAUUGUCGAACGUCCUGGACGCCCAGCAAUCAAAUUCAUUGAUGUCGGCAACAUGUUCUUAGAUAUCAAAGAGCAGGAACGUCGUGUCAAGGAGAGUGAGCGCAGGGCGAAGGUUCGAUCGCGAAGAAAAGAGCGUCAAUGGAUGGCCAAUUGA